GGUUCAGUUAGUGGUCAUACGCCACGCUAAAAACAUACGCGAACUCGAAAAUGAAUAUCAAGAUUGCCAUCAUUUUGGUGGCAGUGGCCACUCAAGUUAUAUGCUCGAAGGAGUCGAGCGAGGCGAGUGACAAUAAGUCGCAAAACGUCGAGGCGGAAUCAACGGAAAAGAAGACGGAGAAACGCGGGCUGGUUCACAGUUACGGUGACUUAGGCGGUGGCGAUCUGCAUGGUGGCGGAGGCGGUGGUGGCGGUGGCGGUGGCGGUGGAGGCUACGAUCAGCACGAGCACGUGAAGGCAGUGACGGUUGUAAAGAAAGUGCCGGUGCCGUACGAAGUAACAAAGCACGUGCCUUACCUGGUGGAGAAACACGUGCCGUACGAGGUGAAGGUCGGCGUGCCGCAGCCCUACACCGUCGAAAAGCACGUGCCCUACCCGGUGAAGGUGUUCGUCAAGGUGCCAGUACAUGUGCCGCAGCCAUAUACUGUCGAAAAGAAGGUGCCGUACGAGGUGAAGGUACCCGUGGACAAGCCCUACGAAGUCAAGGUAUACGUGCCGCAGCCCUAUACUGUGGAAAAGCACAUACCGGUGCCGGUGAAGGUGCCGGUACCGCAACCCUACACGGUCGAGAAGCACGUGCCCUUCCCGGUGAAGGUGAAGAUUCCGGUACCACAACCGUACCCGGUAGAGAAACCGGUGCCCUACGAGGUGAAGGUACCGGUGGAUAAACCGUACCCGGUCCACGUGCCAAAACCAUAUCCGGUCACUGUUGAGAAACCGUAUCCGGUGCCAGUCGAGAAGCCGGUACCGUACGAAGUGAAGGUGCCUGUUGACAAGCCGUAUCCGGUCCCGGUGCCGAAACCGUAUCCAGUGCCGAUAAAGGUGCCGGUGCCGCAACCCUAUCACGUGCACAAGCCGGUGCCAGUGCCGGUGGAGAAGCCGGUUCCGGUGCCGAUCAAGGUGCCAGUAGACAAACCGUACAUCGUCGAGAAGCAGGUGCCGGUUCCGGUCGAGAAGGAAAUACCGGUACCGGUUAAAGUUCCGGUAGCCGUUCCGGUGCACAUACCGAAGCACGAGGACUAUGGCGGCGGCGGCGGCGGUUACGGCGGUGAUUACGGCGGUGGUUACGGCGGUGGUUACGGAGGCGACGGAGGCGGUUUCGACUCUCACUCUGGCGGUGGUUACGGGGGUGGCGGUUACGAAUCGUUUCACGGCUGA